CCGGGCUCAGCCGCGCUCCUCCCGCCUUUUUAUUCCUGCCUCAGGGACGGGGGGUCUCCACCCCCUCUCCCGCCUCAGUUUCCUCUCCAGUUCCCGCGAGGGGCCUGCCCCAGUGCGGUACCCCAGCCUCCUCCCAGCCCGAGGCACCUGCCCCGCCUUCCAGCCCCGGGCCGGCUCGCGCGGCGCAGGCGCACCGGGCGCGGCCCUGAGGCCGAGGGCAACCACAGCAGCUUCUGCCUCUGCCACUUGCGGCCGCAUCCGCGCGUGGCUGGUCGGCGGCCACCCGGACGGUGCUGGGCAGGGGCCCCGCGGGCCGCGCGUCGCCAUGGGCUCGGGCUGGAGCAGCGAGGAGGAGCGAGCCACUGGGGCCCCCGGGCUCGGGCCUGCGCCGGGGGCCGUCUGGAGAAGCCGGGAGGCUGCGGCGGCGCUGCCCGCGGCGGCCCCGGGCCCCGGGCGGGUGUACGGGCGCCGCUGGCUGGUGCUGCUGCUCUUCUCGCUGCUGGGCUUCGCGCAGGGCCUUGUCUGGAACACCUGGGGCCCCAUCCAGAACUCGGCGCGCCAGGCCUAUGGCUUCUCCAGCUGGGACAUCGCGCUGCUCGUGCUGUGGGGACCCAUCGGCUUCCUGCCCUGCUUCGCGUUCAUGUGGCUCCUGGACAAGAGAGGUCUUCGGAUAACUGUGCUUCUGACAUCCUUCCUUAUGGUUUUGGGAACUGGUCUAAGAUGCAUACCUGUAUCAGACUUAAUGCUUAAAAGAAGACUAAUCCAUGGAGGACAGUUGUUAAAUGGAUUGGCAGGUCCCACGGUAAUGAAUGCAGCUCCGUUCCUCUCUACGACGUGGUUUUCUGCAGAUGAACGGGCCACCGCCACAGCCAUUGCAUCAAUGCUCAGUUAUCUUGGUGGAGCAUGCGCGUUUUUAGUUGGGCCACUUGUUGUCCCAGCCCCCAAUGGGACGUCGCCUCUUCUUGCUUCAGAGACGAGCAGGACCCACAUUAAAGAUCUCAUAGAGACUGUAUUAUAUGCAGAAUUUGGAGUUGUCUGCUUACUGUUUUCUGCAACACUAGCUUAUUUCCCACCCCGGCCUCCACUUCCUCCCAGUGUUGCUGCGGCUAGUCAGCGGCUGAGUUAUCGGCGGAGCUUUUGUAGAUUAUUAAGCAACAUGAGAUUUUUGAUGAUUGCUUUAGCAUAUGCCAUACCACUUGGUGUAUUUGCUGGUUGGUCUGGAGUUCUGGACUUAAUUUUAACACCAGUGCAUGUCAGCCAAGUAGAUGCUGGCUGGAUUGGAUUUUGGUCCAUAGUUGGAGGCUGUGUUGUUGGAAUAGCUAUGGCAAGGUUUGCAGAUUUUAUCAGGGGUAUGCUGAAACUAAUUCUUCUCCUCCUGUUUUCUGGGGCUACCCUAUCGUCCACGUGGUUCACCUUGACCUGUUUGAACAGCAUCACACACCUGCCUUUAACCACAGUGACAUUGUAUGCCUCCUGCAUUCUCCUGGGAGUGUUCUUGAAUAGCAGUAUACCUAUAUUUUUUGAGCUUUUUGUGGAAACUGUCUACCCAGUUCCAGAAGGAAUUACUUGCGGAGUUGUCACUUUUUUAAGUAAUAUAUUCAUGGGAGUACUUUUAUUUUUUCUCACAUUUUAUCACACAGAGUUGUCUUGGUUCAACUGGUGCCUUCCCGGGUCGUGUUUGCUCAGUCUCCUCCUCAUUCUGUGCUUCAGGGAAUCGUAUGACAGACUCUAUCUCGAUGUGGUUGUCUCAGUGUAAUAGCACAGAUGUGAAGGAGUUUACAAAGGGACUGGAAGUCAUACUGCACACUGCACAUUUGCUUGGAGUUGCACACCUAACAGGAAAAAAAAGGAGAAGAGACAAACUUCACUCAGAGGUUUUGUUGGGUUACAGAUGAUCACAUUCAUUUCAUGACUACUUGGUAAUAGUGUUGCGGGACUUGAGGGAUGAUAGGGGAUUGAAAGACUAUAAAUGGCACACCUGUGCCUGGUUCCGGGCUUGGAAGGGUGGAUAUCUUACACGUAAAGCACUACCUAAGUAAUGCCCUCUACAUUUUGUGCCAGUGCUAAACUACUGAUUGAUUCAUUGUAAUUGUGGAAAGAAAGAAAGGGUGUCUGUCACAUACCUUACGUAAGUCACAUAUCAGAAUAGGAAGAAAUGCCACUAACUUCUGAAGAAGUUUAAACCCUCUAUCAGAUUUUAAUUAUAAAAUAGCCAACAGGUAUAUCGAUGAUAAAAAUUAGCCACGUGUACACUACGUUUUUUCUAAUAAAGCCAUUUCUUAUAUGACUCCUUAUUUUUAAUUAGGUUGGAAACCUUUGGCCAUCUUUAUUAUGGUGAGCAAGCACUCCCCACUGACUUCAGAGCACAUACUCUGUGUCUCGAGCCCCACUUUACCCUUGUUUCUGUGAAAUACAGUUUCAUCUACUAGGCUCUUAAAUAAUUAUAUUAAAGGUGACUAAAUGUUCAUAUAGUCCCAUUAAAUAUUGUAUGAAAAAUGUAAUUCCGUUCUGAUUUAGCACUUUGUUAAAAGUGAAAUGACAAAUCGCAUAGAACAUUCUGUGUCUUCAGCCUGUGUGUGUGCGUAUAUGUGUGUGUAUAUGUAUAUAUAUAUAUAUAUAUAUACAUAUACACACACAGUGGCAUGGGAUGUAAAGUCCAGCACCAGCUAUUAUGUACUAGGGCUGCAUUUUAUUGAAUGACCCUUGUUUGAAAAUAACAAUUUAUAACAUUGAAACUUCCAAAUCUGUUGAGUGAUUUCUGGAUUACAUUCUUGUAUUUCAAUUCAGGUUGUAAAAUACUCAAUUUUAUAUGGAGUCCGUACAUUUGAGAAGGCGAUCUUUUGCCAGUACUUGUUUUCUUUGUAUGGAUGAUAGCUUUUUAGAAACUGACAGUUACUCAUUGGACAGCUCUCAGACAUGUAUUUCACUGUGACAUAAAAUAUGCUGCGGUGGGAUUAUGACAUUACCACUGUUCACAUUUACAUCAUUCCCCUUACCCAGGAAAACCAGACGUUUUCCCAGAAACACAAGAACAAUACUUCCUUUGCCUUCGUUAUUCUCAGCUUCCUUCAACCCCCUCUUUUUUUUUCCUCCCUUGAAAUUACAUCUUCAUUGUCAGCUAAAUAUAUAUUUUAUUUGCCUUUCUCUAGACAGAGUGCAGACCAACUCCUUCUCUUAGCCAUGGUGAUAGAAUGUGGUUAAAGAGAGCUAGUUAGCCCUUCCCUCUGCUCAUCUCAUCACGCAUGCGCACACCCUCACACAUGGUCCCAAAUGCCCCCUCUACCCCUUCGUAAGUCCAGGGCCAUGCAGGAGCUUACCCCGGUCUCAGAGGAAUGUCUAAGCCUUCUGAGAUCCUAAAUUGCGCUUCUUGAAAAGUAAGAAAUUCAGCCUCUGUUUUCCAUCCCCUUUAUAACUAUCCUGCUAACUUAGCAUUGAAAAACGAAGGAACUAAAGAACUUGGCUAAAGAGAAGGAAAAAAAACCCAUGAAGGCUAGGCUUAGUUCCAGUUAACUCUGUCAUUCUUCAAUAAAAGGAAAGCAGAAUUCUUGAAGAGGAUUGAAAGCCAGCCACUGGGGAUACAAGCAGUCCAGGAGCCGGUGCUAAAAUAACCACGACCCCUUCCUGUUUAGAUAGAAGACAGGAGAGGGAAGAAUUAGGAAGUAUUUGGUUUUAGUCAGAACUAUUGUGUUUGAGGACACUGUAUAUGGAAUAUGGCUAUAAUAAGACAUAGAACAUCUUAAUUAUAGUAAAUUGUACUUUUAAUACAAAGUAAAGAAAAACACUUUAAAAAUAUUACCUAAAUGACUAGUUCAAUGAAAUCACAAGUGGGUAGUGAUGAAAACUUCCUACAUUGUACCAGACACCAACCAUUGUUUUUAGCACACAUGAAAUGAGAUGAGUCCUUCCAUCUCGUUUAUUCUAUCUGCUUAGCCCUCUGGCAGACGCUUGUUCUAAUCACAAACUGCAACUAUUUUAAGUGAUCAUAUUUGAUAUUCCAAACCUGAUAGAACCAAAGGGUUUUGGAAGUGGGGUGAGAGGAUCACACAUUAUUCAUUUCCCUGAAUAUUUCAAGUCAUAUGCAUUUUUUACUGGUUGUUCUUAUUUCUAGCAUGCAUCAGAAUGGACCAACUGUUGUCUUUGUACUUUCUAAACAAACACUACAGAGUCCUAAUGAAAUUUUAUAAAGAAAGAAGUCUGAACCCUCCACGAAGCCAAGCCCCUCCUUUUAGAAUUUAUAGAAACAAUCCCAUGGAGGUUAAGGGUCUUGGUGAAGGUCACAGUCCUAAUUAGUGACAAAAAUAGAACCAACUGAAACCUAUGCCUUCCGACUCCCAAAGCGGAGUUUUUCCCUACCUCACAGAACUGCAGCCUAAUUGGGGCAUCUCGGGGGGAGGUUUGUGAAUUCUCCUCCGUGUUCACACAUGGUGGGGCUUAAGCGCAAAUCAUCAUUACCGAGUAUGGAAAGUACGGGGACCCAGUGGAAGUGACUGGUUUUUAAGUAAGAUCAUUCUGUUUUCUUCAUCCUGUUGGUGCUCUCACAUCUCUGAGUCUUAGCUUCCAGGGAUGUGAUAUAAAAAGAUCCUGAUGAAUAAUUCAAUCCUCAUAAACCAAGUCAACAGCAUUAAUUGGUAAGGACAUGUUAUAGUGUAAGUUCCCUGUGGCUUAUCAAUGAAUACUUCACAGUUUAUGGGAAGAAACAUUUUUUAAUAUGGUCCAUGGUCGAGGUACAGGCACAAGAUAAUUACACACACAAAUGCAUUUCACUGGAGGAUGGAGCUAAUAAAAUAACAAGAGGAAAUCGAGUUCAAGCUGGAUUUUGUAUAUUUAAACAUAUAUGGCUUCAGGGCCAAGUUUUAUCAUAGAUUAUAUAUUUAUGCUUAAUUAUUGAGAAUGUUUACAGCUUGUUUUUAUGAAGCCUUUCUAAUGAGGGAUUCAAGCUAAGAGAUUUUAAAUUGAAGAGAUUAAAUUCCCAUCUACUUUAAAUUAGGUUUUUUUACUAGUAUUUUUACUAAAAUGUAGGCAUUCAUCUUGCUGUUUGCAUAAGUAGAAGCUACGUUUUAAACUCAAGAUCAGAUACAAAUGCGUAGUGAAUUUGCUUUAAAUUAAUGUUAAAAAUCACAUUAAUAGUAAGUUCCGGAAUUACUGUGAUUAUACCAUUUUGUAUAGCCAAGUGCAAAAGAAAACUAUGAGGAAAUUUGAUGACACCUAUUUUGUGGAUCUAGGAAAAAUAGAAUUCCCCUUUAACUUAGAAUUGUACAGAAAGGGACAAAUUAAUUUCCAUACUAUCAAACAAUUCGCUACUCUAUUAGGAAAAUAUAAGCGGUAUUCGGGGGCAUGUAGUGUUGGACCAUGCUAGAAGAACAAAGUUGACGGAGAUUUUGGGAUGCUCUUUUAACAGCAUCCAUUGGGUACUUUGUACUCGGAACAGAGUGGAGGUAGUUGUGUGCUCAGUAAGCGGACACCUUGGCUGCCCCAAGCGUACAUGUCCCCUCAGAUGUCUGACAUGUCCUAGGUCUCUGCUUCCUUGAACUGACUUCCUGGCACAGGCUUCACCCUGAACCCCUCCCUGAGCUCUGAGGCGAAAGCCCAGUCUCGUUCUUGACAACGACUAAGGCCACAUGCUUGGGCUUCCCUCUCCUGAGCGGGACGGUAGCCUGAGUAAAUCAGAGAGCUUUAACAGUUCUUCCCACAGCAAGUCUGAUAAGUUAGAGUCUUCCCUGAAAUGGGAAUGACAGGUCUCUACCAAGCUUCUCUAGUUAUUACUUGUUGCAUUUUAGGAUAUGGACUGAUUCAGUAGCCUUCUGUAGUCUUUCUGUCGUGCCUUGGAAAUCAGGAAGGCCUCAAUGAUAGCUUCCCAUCUCAACCCACACUCAAAAAGUGAGAGCAAAGGUUACUCCUCCCUAGCUGUUCUGUUCAUUCAACAAGGGAGAAUUACACUUUUUUUUUUAACAACUUAAAAACGAAAGCAUGGAAUUCAUUUCAGAAAUGUUAGAAACGCAUCAAACCAUUUUAGCUCUAAAGCACAUGUCACAGUGCUCUCAGGGCUCCCCCUUGGCCCUGCCCGUCUGUGGGGGGGCUUCUACAGUCUUGACCAGACUGGCAAGAAUGACUUGGAGACACUUUUCAUUUACCUAAAUGUUAAAAAAUGAUACUUCGACUUAGUACAACUUAAUUUAGGCUUUUUCUAAUUCAGGUUGGCUUUCUUCCCAUUAAAUCAAAGAGGUGAUGUAAUCCAACUACCUCAUUUUACAAAUUAACAGAGAAGCUUUGGGGUUCAAUGCCACAGCCAAGUUGUAGCAGAUAACCUGAGUCCUAGACCAGCAUUCUUUCCAUAAGUGAUCAACGUGGUAACCAGAAAUAAAUUUUUUAAGUAGUUCUUUCAUUUCUUUUAAAUUUUUGAAAAUUAAACAAGAAAUGCAUGAAUGUAUAUCCAUUAUAAAAUACCCAGUAUAGAAAUAGAGUGAUGUCUACCUCCAGAACAAACACGUGCUGACUAUCCACUCCCCUUUUCCAAAGCAUUUCCUUAUUAAUUCUUUCAAAAAUUCUUCUAUGCGUUUACAUACAUAUGUAUAGAAACUUAAGAGGAUUUAAAAUUAAGUCAUCUAGGGAACUUUCUUAGACCAUGUUGGCAUUAGCUUUUUUGGGCAGAAGCAGGAGUUUCUGAGAUCCUUAUUUCUCUCCCAGAUGAGUCUAUAUGAAAUGUAGGAGUAGUUAAUAGAGACAUUUCACAAACCUGGUUGUGUACCAUCAAACUGUAUCACAUCCUAAAGUUUAAAAGUGAAUUCUAAUAUGCAAUAUUCUGUUUUUCUUAUUGGAAAUUGAGUUUCUGUUUUUAUGUCGUCAACUAGGGCUCUUGUACUGCGAAAGAAGAAAGUGAAUGACCCACACCAGAAAUCCAAAUCGAUUUUCUUGACAGGGCUUCCUUGGCUCUUCGUGUCAGCAGAGACAUGCAACAGUGUAGAAAGCAAAGGGUCAAGAGAGUAAAUUGUGUGAUUCCAUUUUUUUAAAAUAGCUAAUGAUGAUUCUGGUGAUCCUUCCUGUUUUCCUGGUCACCUUCCUUAGCUGUCCUAACUCACACGACCUAUAAAACGGAUGCAUUGGAGUAGGACAAGAGUGUAGAUUGGUUUGGUCACCUCUUCCUUCCCUGCCCUCCUUCCCAUCCAGCUUUCCCCUUCCCGGUGGCGUCAGGUUUCCUAGUUACCAGCAUUAGAGAGGAAAGCUGGCCAGUUUCUUCAUGAACUAGACUAGGGAGACCCAGGAGCCCCCGGGCCUGGCAGGUGUUCCAGGCCUGCUGUCUUCAGCUGUUUGACCUGGAGCAAGUCACUUCCUUUCCCAUUUAUCACAUCUCUGAAAUAAGGGAGCGAACAAAGAUAUUCCCUAAAGUCUCUUCCAGUUCAAAAACUCAGGUUUGUUCUUAAGUAGGAAAAAAUGACGGAAGCAGUCUCUAAAAUUGCAGAACUUCCCAGCACUUUCAUGUUUCCAUUUGUGCAGUGGGCCUCCUCCUGUGAACACAUGGACUGUUCUGCUGCACACAUUCGACAGGAAGAAUUGGCUUUUUCAUCGUCUGUGGUAGGAGAUAAGCUACAGGUGCUGUUUAUUUUCCCCAAAGGACUUUGUAUAUGAAAUGCAGGGUUUAUUAAAUGUACCGAACACAAUAAGAGAAAAAUCUGCCAUCUGAUGUUGAGACGGUGUUCUAGGAGCCAGGUCAGAGCGCUGCGUUUGCUCACUGCAAUCAGGCCAAACCAGGAACCCAUCCUUUGGCUUGGUUUGAUUCAUUGAGCCCGUGACGGGUUUGCACCUGUAGAAAUCAAACUGUCAGAUCAGAUGAUAAAGGCUGUCCUCAGACUUACAUUUCUAGAGUCAUGGCACCAGAGGAUUGAUUGUAAGUUGUUUCGCAACUCUGUCAUCCUCUACAUGGCCGCAUUCUGUCGGGAGAGCCAAGCCGGUACUUCAGAGAGUGAGAGCAGAGGCUCAGCUUGUCAAGGCCGGAUCUGCAUGCAGGUGUUAGUAAACAAGGCUUCACUGAGGCUCUGAUGUGAGCACAACAGCUGGCAGAGAAAGGAACCAAAAGAAGGAACCAGACUGGGAGUCAGGAGGCCUGGGUCUCCGUCUCUGUCUCCAGGACAGCUGCUGAGCAGCCUCAGGGCCUUCGGCAGAUCACCUCUCCUCUCCCACUUCAGCCUCCGCACCUCGAAGUUAAGGGGGUUAGAGUAGAUGUUUCUUUUGGCUGAAAAGUUUUCUGUACCUAGUGGUCACACAUGUCCGCAAGUAGCAGACAGUAGUACAGGGCAAGGCCUAUCCGCCAAUACUUCCAGCUCUCCAUGAGCAUUUCAGAUAAAUGAGGAACUUCUACAAGGCCCUGUUCGGGAUGUGUUAACAGGAGCCGGGCAGUGAGAGAAACUCAGGCUGUCAACAUAUCCGUUUAUUCCUUCAUCCUUCUAUUCAUUCUGGAUACAGAGUAAUGAUCUGUGUGCAGUGCGUGCCUUGAAAGAGAAUCAGAAAAACGAGAUGUUUCUGUCCUUCAGGACCUUUUAGACCUAUUUUAAAAACCAAAACACUGUCCUGAACUAACAAAAGAAAUAAUGACAGUUUCCCAAAUCCUUCAUUACACACAGCACGCACCUAAAUAUUGUUCUCAUACCAUCAUUAACCGCAACUGAUUUCAGGGAAAGGAUAUUUUGUUCCAUUGAAAUUUUCAUCUUAGACAGAAGCUGUAUCUGUCUGGAGCAUAGAAUCAAUUUUGGCGCUAGGCAUCCCGACGCUCACGAUCACGGCUGGGUUACUAGUCCUUCAGGAAGUAGGGAAGAUUGUUGCACCUCCAUCUUCCUCUGAAGACAAAUGGAACAAAUGCAUGCACACUAAGGUACACACAUUCGUUCGGCCGUGUGAGUCUCCUUUCCAAGAGGAAUUUGAAUUUUAACAAAGACCAAACACGAAAAGGAAGGGUUUCUAAUGAUGGGAUUUCCGCCGUCAAUAACUAGAGGAGGGCUAGUCUGGGGGCUGGAGACGUUGUUGGAGACUUUCACGUCUCUCCACCUGCGAGUGAAGCUCAGCGCGCUUGAUGCAUCACUAGGGAAGUCUGGCCUCUGAACACUUUGCAGAAACCCAAAGAAUGCUAAGGUGGGGGGGGCUGGUUUUAGUUCUGCAGACGAUUUUAUUUACUACAAAUGUUCCCAAUUUCAAAUUUAUCUCCCUCUCCACUAGAAAUGUAUCACUUUGGAGGCUUCUCAAAGUUAAGUUUUAGGAAAAUUCUGCCUCCCUCCCACUAGAUUGCAUCUACAAGUCCCAAACGAAAUCGCUUCCUUGACCUACACACAUAACGUGCUAUUUCUGUUCAGGUCUGUGACUCAAUGUGCCUGGCGGAAGUCAUGAGAGGCGACUGCUCCCACCUCACCUGCCAUAGGCAGGACGGGCCUGCCCAGUGCAGUUCAUCUAAGAUUGGGGGGGGUGUUGGGGUGAUCUCUUUCUCCGUAGUUCUUUCCUGAACUCACUAAUUCACCUUGUACUGCUCUUCCCAAUCAGUAAGUUAUUGCUGAGAAAUUGUUCUAGUAAGCGACGGAGAUGUCUCCGAGGCACCUUUCCCUCUCCUCCACAAUCCCACCUUCCUUUCGGCUUGUGCCCUAGAAUCCUUGCUCCAUGUCCCAAUGAAAGUAGUUACCCCUGUUGUUUUCAGGGGAAAAAAACAUCAAUUGAUAUCUUAGUCCUGACACCUCACCCUCUUUUAUCCCAGAAUAGAGAAGCCCUUCCAUAUGUGUUGUCUUUUUCACUCAAGCUUAGUGUCAACACCCAGGCAGGGCGACUCCACGCUGUCCUUCUGCUGCCAGUAAUCGUCCUCGCGCCUAGCUGGGAGAAAGGUUAUUCUAAUGAACCAGCUACUGAUUCCCUUCCCAUCCAGUCUUUUAUCAACAUGGCUCUACCAGUAAAUUCUUUGUUAGCUAGGUCCUGGAAUUUAUUUCAUGUUUUUUUAAACUUUAAUUUUUUCUUACACAAUUGCUUCUUUUAUCUUAGAGCAGACUAUGAUCUUUUUCCUUCUGCAUACUUUAUAAUACAAUUUGAACAUAAUGGAACAUUCUAAAAUAAAGUCAGUCAGGGAUUUCAUCAUGCCAAUAUUAAAUGCGGGGAGAGGCAAAUCGUAUUUUAAAAAGAAGAAAGAUCUAGAGUGAAGGAGGCUGGAUCUCAUAAUUCAGCCAGUAUAUGUGCGGCUCCUGCAUGCUGAGCCCUGGGCAAGGCACUGAGGAUGUAGAAACAAGAAAGACAGUGUCCUGGCCCUCAGAUGCAUUUUCCGAUGAGUCCAUUCAUAAAAACCGUGUAGUUCAAAGCUAGCAACACCCCCAAAAAGGCUGGUAGGAGCGUUGUAGCUUAUUUCUACAACUGUCUAUGGAUUCUUACUCUAGUUGGAAGAAUAUGUUCUAAAUCCUGUUUUCUUGGGCCAUGACAGACCCAUGCAUGUCCCUAAGCAACAUAUGGAUAUAUGUAAACUUCAUAGAGUAUAACACGCUCCCGGACAGCUUUUGAAGGGAAAGGCAGAGAAAUCUGUUUUGAUGACUUGAGAAGAGGGGGCAAUGUUUUAGGGAAGGCUGACAAGCUUCCAAAGAUUUCCGACCUGUGAGUGCUCUUUCAGACACAGGAUUAGGCCGAGGGAAGAGCCUUCUCGCAAGGAGGAGAAGAGGCUAUGUAAGGAGGCCCAGGAGACCACCGUGCAAGAGUUAGUGAGACAUAAGCCAGGCCUGUCCGCAUUUGUUCAUAUAUCUGCUGAGCAAAAGUGGAGAAGGUUUGGAGGCAGAGUUCUAGUAGAAGCAGUUUCUGGAAAACAGCCCCGAAACUGGCUUAUUCUCACUGAGUCAUCUGGCCCAGCCUCCUGCCUCCAAGUACAUCCUGCUUGUGGCAUGUCUGGCCAACUGCCUCCUCAGCUCAAGACAGUGGAGAGUCUAUAGCUUCCCUGUCAUCUGUUCCAGAGCCACUCCCCAUUUGCACUAAGUUCUUGCUUUCAAGGAGUGGAGGCCAGAGUGGGGAUGCUCAAGAAAUAGAGUGGCAGAGGUGAGACGGUAGAACAAAUCAAGGCAGAGGACCCCAGGUGAAGAGGAAUCGUAGUGGCGAGGAAAGAGUCCCCACGUCCCCCACUUGGCGCUAGCCAGCCUGCGGGAGAGCUAGAAGGUGGAGCCAGCCGUCUGGGAGCCCCGCCCUCACAGAUGCCCUGUCUGGCAUAGUGGGUCUCCGGUUCUGCUCUGAGAAGGCAGUGGGAACCGAGACAUCCACUGCCUCCCAAGAGGAACUGUGUUUUACUCAAAAGUCUGUAACUUGAACAAUCUCCCUCCCUUCCAUCCUUCAAGGAAUGUUCUGUAAUUGAAGGCAUGCCUUCAGUACCUAUUGUGUUUCAUGCACUCUGCCAGCGUAGUUGCUUGUCAUGCCAAUUCUUGGAUGCAAAGCGAUCUUGAGUGGUCCAAGUGGACUUAGAUCCAAGUAAAGUUCCCCUCUCUUACUCCAUUCACACUGUUCCGUGCACCUCCACCCUCUCAGUGACUCUCCUAGAAGAAAGCCAGAACGCCUGUCCAACCAAAAUCACUAUCCCAGAGCCCAAACACUUCGCUGUCCUCCUUCUGUUCCCAAGCUACCAUGUAUUUUGUCUAAUUUUAUACUGUUCAGUCGUUCUCUGGCUUAUGUGGCUGUAACGACCUGACAGAGCAGGAAGGCAGGCAGAGGCCAGGGCAGCAGGUGUUGGGUCGGAUGGCUGCAGAAACUGAGCAGAGGCUCCUGGGGCAGGAGCCUGCCGUAGGCUGUGGCCCCUCCGCCACCAUCCACGGUUGGUGUUGGCUAACGUGCCAGACAGGCUCCUCCACUCCAUUCCCCAGGUUUCCUGUAGAUCACCCUGCCUUCAACCUUGAGCCUCCCUCUUGGCCUUGAGUCUCAUUCCCAUUCGUGCCCCCCCAUUCUCUCCGAUUAGUACCAGGCUGCAGUGAAGCCCCUGAUUCCUUUCAGUCUAUGGAAAAACAAAGUCCUUUCCUGCGGGGAUUCAGGUCCACCUUGGGAAUGGUUUUUGGCUAAAACUGCUACGGUUAAACGCAGAAGUUCUGAUUACCCGAGCGAAAUAGCAUUCCAGCAGGCUGCAGCCGACUCCCCACUUCUGGGGCUCUGAGGAGGAGAAUGGGUUAGGGCUGGGCCAGAGGACUGAGGAUAGACCAGAGGAUCUCUUGAGAUUCCUCCCAGCUCUAGGACCUAAUUUUUCAAAUGGCAACACUAAGACCUAGGCAACACAAAGGUACAGACUCUUUGACAGCAGGCGCCCCACCCCGCCCCCUAUGACGCCUCAUGUGCCUGGGCAAACUUCCUCUUCCCAGCACAAGACAUGGUGUAAAUAUGAACAGGUGGAGGGGAGCUCAGAAUCUGCCCACCCGGGGACUUGAUGCUGGGGGUGUUGUGUGCAUACCUGCUGGCCCAGCUCUGUGACUCAGAGGGUCUAUGCAGCUGUCAAAGCAUGAGUGCGUGUGAUAAAUGCCCCUCCGACACCCGUCACAAUUUAGGAAGUGUUCUGUGCGUUUUUAAAUGAUUCUUACCAUGUAAAGAUUGUAUUACAUUUUAAUAAAAAACUUUUUUUGCAUUUUACUUUUUUAAUAUUUGGGAUUUUAUAGACUUUUCUUUUAUGGCCAAGUACACUUUUGUAAGGAAAUGUUGACGUCUUGAGUAUUUUUAUUCCUUUAAAACUAUAGUUAAUGUCAACUGUACGCACUGAUAAAUGGUAUUCAUAUGCAAUUUUCCCUCGUUUUCAUUGGCUCUUUUUAAGAAACUAUGUUUUGGCAAAGCGUUUUAUGUAAAAUUCUGCUUCACUUUACACCUUGUGAAGACUGAAGAUUCUGAAAAAUAAAGAUGCAUUUAAAAUCUCUGUGCUGUUACAUUGUGGAAAUGGUAAUGUGCAUUGCUUUGCCAAAGUGGUAAUUAAAUGUUUAAUGGCUUAGAACUCCCAGUUCCGAGCGGGGGUUCUAGCCAUUACUCACCGUGCGGGAGCUUUCGUAUAAUAAGCCUCCGCGUUUUUGGAGAAUGCACAUUAGAAUGGCGAUCUCCUGUUCCGUUAGGAAAUACGGUUAUGUUGACGUUAUAGUUACUGUGCUGUGGUUUUGCAAUAAAUGUGUGUUGAAAGCA